UGACAGGAGCCUCUCUGGGGUGGAGAGGAAGCCUGGUAGCCUGCAUCCAUAUAAAUGGUGCUGCCCACCUCUCCACUCUGACCUGAAGGCAGAGAUCCCCGUGGGCUCCGUUGGAUGGUGGCCCUUUCUUUCUGCAGGAAGAACCACUGCGACAGAAGCCAUGUUGCUGUCCUCUUUGGUCCUCACUCUGGCCUUGCUGAUGGCUUCCGGCACUGAGUACAAGGUGAAGGAGGUCUGUAUCGGAAGUCCUGGCAUCCCUGGCACUCCUGGAUCCCACGGCCUGCCAGGCAGAGAUGGGAGAGACGGCAUCAAAGGAGACCCUGGGCCUCCAGGCCCGAUGGGCCCGCCUGGAGUAACACCAGCCUGCUCCGGGCCUAAUGGGCUGACCGGAGCCCCUGGUGUCGCUGGAGAGCGUGGAGUACAGGGGGAGCCUGGCGAGAGAGGCCCUCCAGGGCUUCCAGCUUCUCUAGACGAGGAGCUCCAAACCACGCUCCGUGACUUGAGACAUCAGAUCCAGCAGGCCAUGGGAGUCCUAAGUUUGCAGGAGUCCAUGCUGGUAGUGGGAGAAAAGGUCUUCUCCACCAACGGGCAGUCGGUUAAUUUUGAUGUCAUUAGAGAGUCAUGUGCCAGAGCAGGUGGCCGCAUUGCUGUCCCGACGAGCCCAGAAGAGAACGAAGCCAUCGCCAGCAUCGUGAGGAAGCACAACACUUACGCCUACCUGGGCCUGGAGGAGGGCCCCAGCCCUGGAGACUUCUGCUACCUGGAUGGGGCCCCCGUGAAUUACACCAACUGGUACCCAGGGGAGCCCAGGGGUGGGGGCAAAGAGAAGUGCGUGGAGAUGUACACAGACGGGCAGUGGAAUAACAAAAACUGCCUGCAGUACCGCCUGGCCAUCUGUGAGUUUUGAGCGGGCGCCCAGGCCACAGGAUAGAUAGGGCCCUGCCUUGCCUUUCGGCCUCCAUCCUGAAGAUGCACCUGAUCUCUGAGAUGCCCCUUUCCAACAAAAUUGUAUUUGUGGCUGUUAGGGCGGGAGGCAUGCUUAGCCACUCCACUCCCCCGACAGGCCCUGAAUCCCCACCCACAUCAUGAAUCAGUCUGACACUCCCCCUGAGCCCUUCCCGGUAAUGCAUUCUGGGCCCCACUCCUAACUUUGCCCUUUGGAAGAGACGGAGACCUCCUUCUUCCUCUUCUUGUCCAGUCCCUUCAUUUCUAGAUGGCAACAGUGAGGCCCCGGGAUGGAAGUUCCUUCCAAAAUCACACAGAAGGUGGCUGCUUCCUGGCUUCCCCUACUCUUAACUCUGCAGACUACCACCUGCCCAGCCCCAUCAAGAUUUAGCAGUUCUGGUCAAGCAUAAUGAUAGAGACAGGUGGAACUCUGGGGAAUUCCAAAUGCGGGAGCUAAGGACCCAUUUGGGAUUAUCCGGUCUCUGUCUCCCUGAGGUCAGAGGGCAAGGUGGUGUCCCAGCAUGGUGGAGGCCAACCUAACCCUGACGAUUGGCACGGAUUAUCCACUUCCUUGAGUCUUGGGUUGCCUGCUCAAAUCCCUGACCUAAAAGCAGCUAGUUUACUCCACUAGGGAAGAUCUCAUCCCUGACCCCAGACAUAAUCCAAGCUCCUUCCUGCCGACGAACAUAUCCCCACACCGUUUUGGGUCUCUGUAAGUUGCUCACACCACCCACACCACGAGCUAUUUAUCGAGCACGUAAAUAGUGUGCCGAGUCUGGUUACCCAGAAACUUGCCAAGCACUUCUAAUACAUCUUUUGGAGUAUGAUUUCAUCUUUACCCAACACCAUAGGCCCAGCCUUAUUUUCCCCAUUUUUAUACAAGGACACUGAAACUUAGAGAAGUUAAGUGUUUUGAGUUUUAUUACUUGGGGCAAGUGGCAGAGGCUGGAUUCACACCUAUCUACCUGGACCUGAAGUUUAUGCUCACAAUCACGUCACCUCUUGCCGGACAGAGGCGAUUUCCGUGUAAUAAAUCAUGACUGCGUUAA